UUUUGCUGGUUUAUUGUGACUUCGCAGUAUUAGUUUUCUUCUUAUUUGGUUUCUCUUUAAUGUUUUAUGCUUUGGCCGAAGGGUCUCUAUUCUAAUUCUAGUCGUUUGUUUUUGUUGUGCCCGCUUCACCCUGCAGGGGGCAGCCGCGGCUCAGAUUACGCCUUAAAGCGGAACCUUUCUUUCCGUGUUGUGUUUCCUCAGGAGCGUUAACAGCUGUGACCAGCAGACGGCAGGGAGUGGAGGGGGUGUGGAUCAAUUAUUGCUCAGUUAUCGAUCUCAGCGCCGUGAGGUCCAUGAUGCAGUGCGGCUGGCCCCUCAUGGGUCCGCUCAGGUGGCUUCACUACGUCAACAAAGAGGUGAAGGUGAGAGCGGGAAAAGGCGAGGAGCACCGCGGCUGGCUGCUGAGCGUGGACCCGGUGUCCGCCAGUGUGGUCCUGGUGUCCUUCGGUGAGGCGGUGGCGGUGCGGGUGGUGAUGGGUCACGCCGUGGAGGCGGUGGAGGUCCUGCGAGCGGCUGAUGAUGAGACGGCGAAGCGUCUGCGGUCGGUCUUCCUUCCCCCGCCGUCCCCUUGCCUGGACCCCAAGGAGCUGCGUCAGCGGAGAGAUGCCUUGCGGCAGUGGCUGCAGGAGAACCGGAUCCCCGUGGAGGAGGAGGAGGAGCUGAAAGUGGCGGGCGUCCUGACGAUUGCUGCGCCCUAUAGUGGCCAGGACUGCAGGAGCUCCAACCAGAUCAUCCUGGACCGGAUCCAGAGACUCGUCGGGAUCCAGGACUGUACCAAUCAGAGGUUGCCACUCUGAGCUGGGCCAAUCACCAGGUGAGAAGAGACCUGCAGCAACCACGAAGAGCCAGGAAAUCAGAGCGCUGGCUCAGCUGGGGUCACCCAGGGUCAGGGUGUGCACGGGCGGAUUUCAGUUUCUGUUGUCAGACUCCAGUAAUCAAUAAUUAUUGAUCUGCUGUAAUCAGUCACACCUGAAUGUUGCUGAUGUGAUUGAACAUCACCUGACUCACCUGCAUCAGUAUCCGGUGUCUCCGGUCUGUCCUCUGAGGAGAACUGAGCUCUGCUCUUUAUUUGCCCAUUGCCAUGGUGACACCUGCGCCUGUGGGAAUGACUUGCUGCAGACUGAUUCCUGGAGCGUUUUUGGAAAUGUUUCUUUGUUGCAAAGUUUCACGUCGUUUCAUACUUUGCAACAAAAAUUCAGACUUGAGUCAAACUUUAACCCCAAGCUUUGAUCUUUGUCAGUUUCAGUAAACAUGGGGAUGAAACGUCCACCGAAUCAUCUAAUCACUGUAAAUAAACUGUAAGGUAAUUAUUGUAUCUAUGGUAACAAGACACCCAUCUCUCCAUGCAUUUAUUUCAAUAUGCUCCGCUUGGUUUUGUUUGUUGAAUUCAGAGCAGAGAAACACCUGUAUCCUGGGGCUUUGUGUGUGUUCACAUUGUCAAUAAAGUUCAUUGAAACCA